AUGACAACCAAAAAGACACCAAUUAAUAUUUGUAAAGACGUGAUUAAUGAUUUGUUUAUAAUAUUACAUCAAUUUGAAUUAGAUCAUCAAGGUUUCAACUAUAUUAGUAUAACGGGGAUUUAUUUAUGUAUAUUGUCAUUGAGUAUAAUUUUAUUGAUAACCAAAGAUGACAGUGAUAAUAAUAGUGAAAUCAGUGAAGAAAUUAAAAGAAAAAAUAAUUUAGAACUUCAAAUCAAGUUUGCAUUUUUUUUAAAAGUUUUAAAAGAGACUUCACACAUUUGGAAUUUAUCCAAAAAAGCUUAUAAAUUAAUUAAAAUGAAAUACGAAAAGUUUUAUAAAGGUUUAAAUUUUCAUGGUAACGAAAUUCAUUUAUCGAUAUUAGAUCAAAAAUAUGUUAAAAGCAAUAAUGAUAAUCUAAGUCACGAUAAUUUAUUCAGCGAUAAUGAGAAAAUUGAUAAUGGAUAUGAAAACGAAGAUGACGAUGAUGAUCGUGAUAGUGAUAUGGACAAUGAUAAUGAAGAAGAAAACGAAGAUAACAAUAAUGUUGACCAUGAUAAUGACAGCGAUAAUCAUAAUAAUCAUAAUGAUAAUCAUAAUGAUAAUCAUAAUGAUAAUAGUAGUGAUAAUAGUCGAAAUACUAAUAAGAAUAACAAGAAUGAUAAGAACAGUAGAAAUAGUGGAGAUACAAAUUGCAAUAUUAAUAAAAAUACCAUUAAUAAUAGCGACAAUAAUAAUUUCAUGCAAAGACAACCACAAAAUUUAUUUAAAUCAGUUAAUCCAAAUAAUAAUAAUAACUAUUAUUAUAAUAAAGCGAGAACUAGUAACACAAGAAAUAUUAAUGAUUUAUUGUAUGAAAAUUCUGGUUAUAAGCACGAAGCAAUGAAUAAGAAUAAAUUCCAAAGAGGUGAAGAGGAACCAUCGUUGAUUGCAUCUACUAACUCAGGGCUCAACAGUAUGAAUUGUGAAUUUGCAUUAGAAAAUGUUAAUUUAAAUAAGAAUAAUUUUAAUACAUCUAGUAGCAAUAUUAAAAAUAACAAUAAUCUGAAUAAUAAUCCCAAUAAUAAUAGUAAUAAUUUUUUAAGAAACAACAUCAAUAGAAUGAAUGGAAUUGGUGGGAUGAAUAAUGGAAAUCUCAGUAGAAAUAAUAAUAUGGACAUUGGUAGAAAAAUUUACUCAACUAUGGAUAUUAAUAUGAUAAUCAAUAAUAGUGAUAAUAACGAAAAUAAAAAUAGUAGUAAUCCUGGUAGAAGCAACAAUAAUAGUAAUAGUAACAGUGAUAAUAACAGUAGCAAUAGCGGUAAUAAUAAUAAUAAUAGUAAUAAUAUUAAUAAUAAUAAUAAUAAUAACAAUAAUGGCAAUAAUGGUAUGCCAUCCUCAAGAAUAGAAAUAAAUGGUUUCAAUUACCAAGAGAAUUUUAACAAUUUUCAAAAUACGAAUAAUCAAUAUAAUAAUGGUAAUAGUAACACAAACAAUAUGAACAAUAUAAAUAUGAGUAACAUGAAUAAUGUGAAUAAUGUGAAUAAUGUGAAUAAUAUGAACAAUAUCAAUAAUUUAAAUAAUAUGAACAAUAUGAACAAUAUGAAUAUGAACAAUAUGAAUAUGAAUAUGAAUAUGGCCAGUAUGGGCAAUAUGAACAAUAUGGCGAAUAUAAACAACGUGAACAAUAUGAGCAACAUGAACAUAAAUAACAUCAAUAGCAACAAGGCCAGCAAUUACGAUUACAACAACGCGAGAGACAGCUCGAACAACUUCAACAUCAACAGCAUCAUCAACAUGACGGAGAACGAGCUCAAUUUCGGCAGCAACGAGUUUGGCAGCAACGGAAACAGUAUUGGAGACAACAUGGGGGAUAAUAUCGACUUGGGCAGCAGUGGCAACGAUGGCAACAACAACAGCUACAGCGUCAUCUCGUUCCCCAGCUUCAUUGGAGGACCUCCGGUGAUGAUGACAGCAGGAGGGAACAACAAUAAUGAGGAUAACUGGGAGUUCUUCUUCCCGGACUUGUUCAACUGA